AUGUUUGGUAGUGAUCGUUCGCGUUAUACAGACAAUCAGUUUUCGGGUAAACGAUUUGGCAGCGAAGUAGCUGGUGUAAGUGAUCUGGUAACCACUGGUCAUGGCAGUGAUAUGAUCAUCGGUACAUAUGUUGAACGUUUAUUUAUCUCUGAAUUAUCUGGAAACGUUAUUGAUUUAUGUCCUGUCGGUGCAUUAACAUCGAAACCAUACGCACUUACAGCUAGACCAUGGGAAACAAGAAAAUCGGAAUCUAUCGACGUGAUGGAUGCACUGGGAAGCAACAUUGUUGUUCAUACAAGAAGCGGAGAUGUGCUUCGUGUUAUUCCGCGUAUUAAUGAAGAUGUGAAUGAAGAAUGGAUAUCAGAUAAAACACGUUUUGCAUAUGAUGGUUUAAAACGGCAACGUUUAACAGCGCCAAUGUUAAAAGAUCGUGAUGGAUAUCUAACACUGUGUGAUUGGGAAGAUGCAUUAAGUGUUGUUGCUGAAAAGAUUGGUCGCUCAACUGGUUCAAAGAUGGCCGCACUUGCUGACUGUUUUUGUGAUGCUGAAGGAUUAAUCGCAUUGAAAGAUUUCAUGAAUCAAUUAGGAUGUG